AUGGUCCGAGCGAUUCAACUGGCCCAUGUUCCUCCCGAGUUGACCUUGUUCGUUGCACUUUUCCGAGAUGUGAAGAAUGCAGCCUUUCUGAGAGAGCAGCUUUUGGCUGCGAAUGCAGACUUCGAAUAUGCCUUCAUCGAUGCAACUACGAUCAUCUCUACAAAACAUGCUCUUGCUGCUGCGUUUCGUGCGAUAAACGACUUUCUCAAUGAGCGGCUGAAAUCCAGAAAUGUCCACUCGGAGAUUGUUUUCUCCCUCAGCCCAAAUAACAAUAUCGGUGAAGCAUUUCGCAGAUUCGGUGUCAGUGAAACAACAGGGAACCUGCUGGUUGUUAAAGUCGCCACUCAAGCGGAAAUAACCGAGGAAAGUGUGACUCGCCAUCUGUCCGAGAACAUUGACGGGCAAGAAGUUGCCUUCGAAGAUGCCUCUUUGCGGACUAUCUGCGACACCAGUCGUAUCAAAAAGCUCUACAAGAUCGCUUCUAUCCCUGCUCGCAAGACCGAUAAACAGGUUAACGGGGAGGCUGAGAACAACAUUGAUCAGACGAAGAAUCUCGAAGUCCAGAUCCUUGGAGCAAUGGCGCUGAGAGGGGCAGCAUGA